AUGUCAGCCGGCGACAAGAACGGGGGCAGCCGCUCCAGCAGCAGCCGCCUGCAGAGCAGGAAGCCCCCCAACCUCUCCAUCGUCAUCCCCCCCCGGGAGGCGGAGGAGGAUGGCACCCGCAAGCAGCCCUCCAAGGUCCCUAUCUACCGAAAGAGCAAGAGCCUGCAGGAGCCCCGCACGAAGGGAUGCGACAGCUCGGAGCACCAGCCCGGCUUCCGCCGGCAGACUUCCCUGUCCCAGAGCAUCCGCAGGGGCACGGCGCAGUGGUUUGGCGUCAGCAGCGACUGGGAGGGGAAGCGGCAGCAGUGGCAACGCAAGAGCUUGCAGCACUGCAGCAUGAGAUACGGCAAGCUGAAGCCUGCCUACCGCGACAUGGAGCUGCCCAGCCAGGAGGUGCCCUCCUUCCAAGGCACCGAGUCGCCCAAGCCUGCCAAGAUGCCCAAGAUCGUGGACCCGCUGGCCAGGGGCCGUCCCUUCCGCCGUCCCGAAGAGACCGACCGUCCCCACACGCCCCACCACGUCCUGCCCCCGCUCACCCCCGGCGUCGUCUCCUUGGCGUCCUUCAACAGCAUCCGCUCCGGCUACGGCCGCCUGCCGCGCAGGAAGAGGGAGUCCGUCGCCCACAUGAGCUUCAAGGCGGCCGCGGCCCUUCUCCGUGGACGCUCUGUCCUGGAGCCGCUGGCUCCCAAGCAGAGGAGCAAGAGGAGCUUUGUGUACCCCAGCUUCAUGGACGAGGACAUGGUGGAUGCUGCCGAUACCCUGGACUCGUCCUUCUUCAGUAAGAUGGACAUGCACGACGAGACGUACUCCAUGCCCGAUGAUGUCUUUGAGUCGCCGCCUCUAUCGGCCACGUACUUACGCAUGCACCCAGUGGGGGAGGAUGCCAGGGCAUCCCCCGAGGCGGAGCAGCCCACCCCGCGGGAGGGAGUCCGCCUCACUUCGGCCUCCGCCAGCGCCGGCCCGGCUCCCCGGCGAGGCAGGCGCAUUGCUUCCAAAGUGAAGCACUUCGCCUUCGACCGCAAGAAACGCUACUACGGGCUGGGGGUGGUGGGGAAGUGGCUGAACAGGACCUACCGCCGCAGCCUGAGCAGCAUCGUGCAGUCGCAGCUGGAGAUCACCGACAGCCACCGGCCGUAUUUCACAUACUGGAUCACCUUUGUCCACAUCCUCAUCACCUUGCUGGUCAUCGGCACCUACGGCAUCGCCCCCAUCGGCUUCACCCAGCACGUGACGACAGAGUUAGUGCUGAGGAACAAGGGCGUCUACGAGAGCGUCAAGUACAUCCAGCAGGAAAACUUCUGGAUCGGGCCCAGCUCGAUCGACCUGAUCCACCUGGGAGCCAAGUUCUCCCCCUGCAUCCGGAAGGAUCGUCAGGUGGAGCGACUCAUCCAGCGCGAGCGGGACCGGGAGCGUGGCUCCGGCUGCUGCGUCCAGAAUGACAACUCAGGCUGCAUCCAGACCCUGCCGCAGGACUGUUCGGAGACGCUGGCGACGUUCAUCAAGUGGCCGGGCAGCAACGCGCCAACGAUGGGCUCGGGCGAGAAGCGGACGUCGGGGGCUGUGUGUCACCAGGACCCCAGGACGUGCGAGGAGCCGGCGUCCAACCCACCCCACGUGUGGCCGGACGACAUCACCAAGUGGCCGAUCUGCACCUACGAGACCAAAACCAACCACACGGGCUUCGCCCACAUGGACUGCCAGAUCAAGGGCAGGCCCUGCUGCAUCGGCACCAAGGGCAGCUGCGAGAUCACGACGCGGGAGUACUGCGAGUUCAUGCACGGCUACUUCCACGAGGAGGCAACGCUCUGCUCGCAGGUGCACUGCCUGGAUGAGGUCUGCGGCCUCCUGCCCUUCCUCAACCCGGAGGUCCCCGACCAGUUCUACCGCCUGUGGCUGUCCCUGUUCCUGCACGCCGGCAUUAUCCACUGCCUGGUGUCGGUGACUUUCCAGAUGACGGUGCUGAGGGACCUGGAGAAGCUGGCGGGCUGGCAUCGCAUCUCCAUCAUUUUCAUCCUCAGCGGCAUCACGGGCAAUCUGGCCAGUGCCAUCUUCCUGCCGUACAGGGCGGAGGUGGGCCCCGCCGGGUCCCAGUUCGGCUUGCUGGCCUGCCUCUUCGUGGAGCUCUUCCAGAGCUGGCAAGUGCUGGAGAAACCCUGGAAAGCCUUCCUCAACCUCUCUGGCAUCGUCUUCUUCCUCUUUGUCUGCGGCCUCUUGCCGUGGAUCGAUAACAUCGCUCACCUCUUUGGCUUCCUCAGCGGCCUCCUCCUCUCCUUCGCCUUCCUGCCCUACAUCACCUUCGGCACGCUGGACAAGUACCGCAAGCGAGCCAUGAUCAUCGUCUCCCUGCUGGUCUUCGUGGGGCUUUUCGCCUCGCUGGUGGUCUGGCUCUACGUCUACCCCGUGAACUGGCGCUGGGUGGAGUAUCUCACCUGCCUGCCCUUCACCAGCAAGUUCUGCGAGAAGUACGAGCUGGAGCAGGUCCUGCACUGA